AUGGUACCAAGCCCAGUACCCCAACCGGUAUAUGCUGCAUUGAAGAAUGGCACUUUCAUCGAUAACAUCGAUACAUUCGAUCUUGAACAAAUCCAGCCAUUCCUGCCAUCGCUUUUGCUAUCCUCCUUUUCAUCGGCUUGCGUAUUUUCGGAUGAGUCUUUGGAUCAGCUUCGACGUCGUUUACUAGAAUUUCCUCAGUGCAAUUCUUUGUUUCAAAUUUUAAGUGCCGACGUUAUGGCUGUUGAGAAUGAUUUAAAUAAAGCAACAGUGGAAGAUAUUGACAGUAUUCGUAAAAUACCGUUUGAAACCGCACCGCCACAAAUGAAACUCAAAAUUGUUGCAUUUCUACUUGAUCGAAUUGCUAGAAAUAUGGAUAAUGGGACAAAUCUGGAUAUCUUUGAGCAGGAAUCAACAUUAGAAGAAGUCGUGUGCGCAAUGACCGUAUGUGCUUUAUACAUGCCAAAUCGCUUCGAUCCUGCCUUAAUAAUUCAUCCCUUAUUGUCAAUACCUAAUGCCGUAACUGUGAUCACCAUGCUAAUAUGUAAUGUCAGCGACUCAUUGGAAUCCACUGUUGAUUACCUAUUGAGGGUUCAGUUGCUGGAUGAUGAUAAUGUUAUCAGUAAAAAUAGAAACAACUUAUUAUUAAAGCUGCUCUCUAUAGAUCCAUAUCUUGUUGAACGAAGCAUUUCUCAGCUUCUGGAUGCAAACACCUCAAAUGGCAAUAGUUUGGCCCUAAUGUUAAUAUGUGUUUGUUUAAGCAGCGCUCAGUUGAUAAACAAUUUACUUUGCGCAUUGCUAAAUAAGCGUUCCUUGGCUGCCUUUAUACAUCGAUCAUCCGACAAACCAGCUGUGAAACUUCUACGGGAUCGAAUUUCGGAGGCUAUAAGUGCAUUCUCGUCGAGCACGAUCAAUGAUGGUACUGAAGCCACCUUAGCGCAGUUACUGGCAGUUCUUCGUAUUAACGCAGGUAUGCGUUUGAGUUAUGAUGAAACAAAUUCGUGGUUGCUGUUUCUCACUCGAACGGAUUUGGAUGAUGAUCGAUACAUAAUGACAGCAUUAUCUGUCAUCAUUGCUUGUCCACAAUUAAUACCGUUGCAUCUCGGUGAUGAGAAGGAAGUGGAAGCUUCAAUUAUAGCAUUUUUGGAUUGGCUCAAGCAACGAGCUUCAUCCAGUGCUUCUCCAACACUGCAACAGUUCUUCAUUUUGUUAUCAAUUCAUUUACAUGCUGCACAAAGUGAACAACUUGCUGUCCUUAUUUCUAGUGUUCUUGCUUUCAAGGUUACUGUAAAUGUACGAAAUCUUACAACACUGAAGAAUCUAUUCUUGCGACAUGCUAUGACUGAACGUGAUAUAGCAGAGCGGGCUUCGCAAAUGCCCGUCACUCGUUUCCUUAGUUCUCACCACCAGGGAUUUCUUCCAGCCCACUGUAUAACUCAAUUACUUUCAACUAAUUCGUUUUCAAAAUAUUCUGUUCCUAUUCAGGAUUGGAUUGGUGCACAGAUAACAAAUUGUGCGACACCGCUACAUCCAGUGGUAACAGAUUUGCUAAAUGCAUAUGCUGCAAGCUGUUUUGCCGUUGCUGAAUUCACUUCUGCUAAUCGUCCAUUGUCAGAGGACUUCAUAUUGAAUUUAUUUAAUGGCGAAGUUAUGGAUGAAAGCAAGAUGGUACCGCGUUUGCUUACAUUUUUCUUUCUUCUUUGUUACCGAAAAAGCUUUGAGAGCCAUGCUCAGAAGAGAAGUGUUCAAUACUUUUACAGUACCAAAGUCGAAAGAGUCAUACCUGUGCGGUUGCUGCUAAAUGUUGUUGAAACUCGACCGGAGCACUUUCGUGCUAUUCGAUCGCCAUUAGUUUAUUUAUGCGGCCUCUAUUACCCGUAUAUGCUUCCAACUGUCGAUUCAUUACUAUUAUCUGUAGACGAUGAAUUGAAGAAUCCUGAAAUCAAAACUACUGCUCGGAGAGUCCCAUUGUCAACAGGUUUACUAUUGAAAGCUUUCAAUAGAAUUGAUGAAAAUCCUUCAAAUUCUAUGCGUUUUAUACGUUUGCUGCAAAAAAGCACACUGCGCGAACAGGUACAAGCUAUGGACGCUAUUAUACAUGCAAUGGUCAUUGCUCUCAACCCAUGUACACCAGUGGCUUUUGCAAAUGGAGCAGUAGCGAUUUGGAAACGUCUGGAAAAUGUCGUCCCGAGAUCACUUUGCGAAGCUACAGUCUUCGCUUGGUCUGCUGAGGAGUUGAAUCAUGAUAUGUUAGUUGAACAACCGUUGUUUUUGUUUCGAUGCGAUGAACGCCUAUUCGAAAAUGAUAUUCUAUUCCCAUGUUAUUUACGUAUUCUUUCGUUUUAUUUAUCCGCAAGUCGCACAUACUUAUUGCAAAAGCUACAAAUCAAUCAGAUUGGAAGAGAUGAUCAACGCGUAGAACGGGAAGAGCUUGCCCGCUCAUUAAUUGGAGCGCAAGAUUCGGCAGUUGUACAGAUUUUAUUAGAAAUAUGUGGACGUUUCAAGAAUAUCGUUGUCCAUCGCCUUUGCUGCGCACAUAUCCAUCAGAUGUUCAUUGCCGAUCCCGUUCUUUCCAAAUUAGUUCAUUUCCAGGGUUAUCCCUUGCGAUUAAUUCCAUUAGCUGUACGAGAAAUACCAUCAAUGCAUAUUUGCCUGGAGUUUGUGCAUGAAAUCCUAGCAUUGGCGGAUAUUUCGAAACGUAUCUUUGCCAUUGUUCUUAUUGCUGAGCUGGCACAGCAAUACAAAAUAGAAUCAUCAUUUAUUCGUGUGGAACUAUUAUUGGAUGUAUUAACAACGUUAUCACGUGCCUUGACUACCGAUGAAAAUUUACGCCUGUUAUCAAGAGCUGUACCGUCGUUGGGCCGCAUAAUGUCGCUAUUUCCACAAAUAUCAGCUGAUGUUGCACAUCUAUUAAUACGUAUUUCCUCUAUUGCCGCGUCACGCAUGGCAGUUUCAGCAACCAUACUGAAAACUGAAUUAUGUAUGGAGAGACGAUUAAUCAUGCUUGUAAAUAAUAUUCUUUGUGAAACUGUGUCUGAUGUGGCUGCCUUUCCCGUGUAG